AUGUCGAUAAUAAAGGAAAUCACCAGCGAGGACGAGUGGCGAUCCCACGUCGCAUCGUUGCACAAGGAAACCCUCCUCAUCAUCUCUUUCCAUGCACCAUGGGCAGCCCCCUGCGCGCAAAUGUCUACUGUCCUCCGAACUCUCGCUUCUGAAUACCCCGUCACCGAGCCACCGGCAACGAGCUGGGUAUCACUCAAUGCCGAGGAGAUGAGCGACAUCAGCGAAACAUACGACGUAACCGCGGUCCCAUACCUGGUGCUACAGCGUAACGAUCAGGUGCUGGAGACGGUCAGUGGAAGCAGUGCAGUCAAGGUACGGAAUGCCAUUGAGUCGCACGCGAACAAGGCAGCCGGCAGUUCCGCACCAGCCACCAACGGCACAGCACCGGCCCCAGUCGCAGACGAGGUAGAGACGCCAGUAGACCCGGCCAAGGCGAAGGAAGAGAUAUUCAAGCGACUAGAAGAGCUGGUAAAGGCGGCACCAGUAAUGCUGUUCAUGAAGGGCACACCGAGUGGACCACAAUGUGGAUUCUCGCGACAGCUCGUGGGCAUCUUGCGUGAUCGCUCAGUCAAAUAUGGAUUCUUCAACAUUCUAGCCGAUGAUGAGGUUAGACAAGGCCUGAAGGAAUAUGCCGACUGGCCGACUUACCCUCAGCUGUGGGUGGAUGGUGAGCUGGUUGGCGGUCUUGACAUUGUCAAGGAGGAACUGGACAACAAUCCUGACUUCUUUAAGGACUACAGUGUGAGCAAGGAGGAGGGCAAUGCUGCUGCGUGA